AUGCACGCCAGGCUGCUCGGCGCUCCGUCCCGCGCCUCCGCCUGCACCUCCUCCCCGUCGGCCCCCUCCGCCGGCCGCCACCCGUGCCGCGCGUCCUGGAAACCGCGGCCGCCAAGCCGGAGCUCCGCCUCGCCGCCGCCUCUCUCGCUGUUGCGCGCCGGCGCAUCCAUGGAGCCCGCUUCGACGGAGGGGCAGAGCGACCCUCCUGUGCGUGGCGUGGCCGAUAGGGUCGUCGGGGUGCUGGGGGGCGGCCAGUUGGGGAAGAUGCUGUGCCAGGCGGCCAGUCAGAUGGGGAUCAAAGUGGCCAUCCUGGACCCCCUCAAGGACUGCCCGGCAAACUCCGUCUGUCACGAGCAUGUCGUGGGGAGCUUCAAUGAUGGUGUCGCGGUCCGUGAGUUUGCGAAGAGGUGUGAUGUUCUAACUGUGGAAAUUGAGCAUGUGGAUGCUGUGGCACUUGAGAAGCUUGAAAAACAGGGUGUUGUUUGUGAACCCAAAGCCUCUGCCAUCACGAUUAUUCAGGACAAGUACAGGCAGAAAGGCCAUUUCUCAAAAUUUGGAAUUCCGAUGGCUGACUUUGUUGAAGUUGAUACUUUAAGUAGUAUAGAGAAAGCUGGGGAAAUAUUUGGCUAUCCCUUAAUGGUAAAAAGUAAAAGAUUGGCAUAUGAUGGUCGUGGGAAUGCUGUUGCCCAUGAUAAAAAUGAGCUAUCUUCUGUUGUUUCUUCACUCGGUGGAUUUGAGCAUGGCUUGUAUGUUGAGCGGUGGACACCUUUUGCAAAGGAGCUAUCUGUAAUUGUGGCAAGGAGCAGAGAUGGUUGUACAGUCUGUUAUCCUGUCGUCGAAACCAUUCAUAAGGAUAACAUCUGCCAUCUUGUUGAAGCUCCUGCUCAGAUACCUGAGAAAAUGAAGAAGUUAGCUACCAGUGUAGCUGAAAAAGCUAUCAAAUCGUUAGAAGGUGCUGGUGUUUUUGCUGUCGAACUAUUUUUAACAAAUGACAAUCAGGUUUUAUUGAACGAAGUAGCCCCUAGACCUCACAAUAGUGGACACCAUACAAUCGAGGCAUGUUACACUUCACAAUAUGAGCAACAUUUACGUGCUAUUCUUGGACUUCCUCUUGGUGAUCCUGCAAUGAAAGCACCCGCAGCAAUAAUGUACAACAUCCUGGGCGAGGAUGAGGGCGAUUCGGGAUUUGUUUUAGCCCAUCAGCUGAUUAAGAGGGCGUUAAAUAUUCCAGGUGCAUCAGUCCAUUGGUAUGCAAAGCCAGAGAUUCGGAAGCAAAGAAAGAUGGGUCAUAUUACAAUUGUGGGGCCUUCUAUGUUCGAUGUAAAAGCACAUUUGGACAGGUUGCUGCAGAGAGACACAGAUGGCCCAAAGAAAGUUAGACCUCGUGCUGCGGUUAUAAUGGGCUCGGAUUCUGAUCUUCCCAUAAUGAAAGAUGCUGCAGCAGUACUGGAGAAAUUCAACAUACCUUUUGAGCUUACAAUUGUUUCGGCACACCGUACACCAGAGAGGAUGUACGCUUAUGCAUUGUCUGCUAAGGAAAGGGGCUUAGAGGUCAUUAUUGCAGGCGCAGGUGGAGCAGCUCACUUACCAGGCAUGGUGGCUUCAUUGACUACUCUUCCUGUAAUUGGAGUCCCCAUCUGGACUAAAUCAUUACAGGGAACGGAUUCCCUCCUAUCUAUUGUGCAGAUGCCGAAAGGUAUUCCUGUUGCUACUGUUGCAAUUGGAAACGCUGAAAAUGCAGGCUUGUUGGCAGUUCGGAUGCUUGCCUCAAGAGAUACUGAGUUGUCGGACAGGGUAAAUGAAUACCAGCAAAAUCUGGAAGACAGUGUGUUGGUCAAAGCAAGAUUGCUCGAGGAAUUAGGUUCAGACAAAUAUCUGGAGCAAUGUAUGAAGCCUUGA